AUGGCGCUUUUUGUUGUUCGUCCUAGUGUUCCAAGGUUCGAUCCCACCCCAUCCACGAGCAGCACGAGCAGCCAAAGAAGAGGUGGUGAUACAUUGAGAAAGUCUUCCAGUUCGCCAAGCGAAGCCUGCUUGGCGGCACUUGCAGUUCAAAUUUGGGGCUGCCACGGAGUGCGGCGGGGAAGAGGGAAAGCUUGCAAGAGGAGGAUUCUCCACCUUGCGACCGUAUCCCUGGAGCCGAGUGUCACAGAAAAGCUGGGACGAAUCGUCAUCGACCAGGAAUUGUUUGAUCAGCUGAACUUUUUGGCUGCCAAGGGUCAAGUGAGCAGCGCUCGUGCCCUGUUUGAGCAGAUCCUGGCGUCCGCCAAGGUUCAAAAUGGAACUGUCAGAAGUUCACAGAAGUCUGUUCCGCUCUCGAUGUUGUAUGGCACCAUGCUGAAGGCAUUUUGCAACGCCGGCGACGUUCGAGGUGCUGAGGAGAUGGCGUACCGCGCACGCGAAGAAGAUGUGCCAAUGAACCACAAGUUCUAUGGCAAGUUGCUGGAGACAGCAUCCAAAGCAGGUGAUGUUGUCAUGGCCAACAAAUGGUUCGAGGAAAGUAAGGCGGCAGGAAACCGUGACGGAGUGCACUUCAACUUCAUGGUGGAGGCCUAUGCCAAGGCUGGUGAGCUGGACGAAGCAAAGAAGUGGAUCCAGAGAACACGAGACGCUGGGGUGCCAACGGUCACAAACAUGUUCAACAGCCUCAUCUUUGCGUAUGCAUCCAGGGGCCAGAUGAAGGAAGCUGCUGGUGUCAUCCGGGAGAUGUUGCAAGAAGGUCACGACCCCGAAGUCUCGUCCUUUGCAGCUUUGGCCGUGGCAGCUGCACAGGAGGGUGAUGAUGAAGCUGCAGAGCGUUGGAUGCAGCAAGCGCGCGACCGGAAGCUCGAGUGUGACAACUUUGAUGCGGAGGUUUCCACGCAAGCAGCCUAUACUCGGUUGGCCAGCGCGAGUAGCACUCCCGAGGCUGCUGAAAGCUGGCUGCGGCGCUUGCAGGAAACUGGUGGCACGCCAAGCGUUGAGAAUUUCUCAGUCGUUGUGGAUGCCUUUGCCAAACAGGGCCAAGUUGACAAGGCGUUAGAGUUGAUGGAGGAGAUGAAGGAUUUGGAGGUGCCGCCCUCCGUGGUGACCUACAGCAGUGCCAUGCAUGCCUGGACCAAGGCAGGAAACCUGGAUCAGGCGGCAUCAACUUUGUCGAAAAUGAUGCAAAUCCGUCUGGCUCCUGACGGUGUUGCCUAUGGGACGGUCAUGGACGGCUUCGCGAAGGCUGGAAAGCCUGACGAUGUCAUCAAAAUGGCUGAGCAAAUGAAGGCCAACGGAAUCCCAGUCACCGUGCGGCACCAGAACAGCAUUCUCGAGGCAUUGGUUAAAGCUGGCAAGCCGAAUGAUGCCGCACGGUGGCUUCUGCAGAUGUCCAACAGAGCACCUCAGUCCAGAUGGCAGAGGAAUAUGGACGAACCAGAUGUCUAUUCCUACGCCAUGGUCAUGGGCGCGUUGGCAUCAGCAGGGCGAGUAAGCUCUGUUGAGUCUCUCAACCAGGCAAUGCGACUGGCUGGAACCGAAGCGACGCCUUUGCUGCACGAGGUAGUCAUGAGAGGCUACCUCGAAGCGAAGAAGACGAAAGAUGCUCACAGGUGGCUACAAGAGGCUGAUGCGUCUGGCAUCUCGCUGAACGCCAAUCUCGUCUGCUGCGCAAUAGAUGUGUGUCUCCGCAAUCGGAAAGCAGAAGAGGGCUUUCGGUGGUUGGAGCGGAUUCAGGAGGCCAACAUUCCAGUACCGACACAAGGCUCUCGCGCAGUUCUAUUCCACAUAUCUGCAGUGAAAUGCUGUGCACAGGCAGGAGAUGUCGAUGCCGGCUUUGACUGGCUACAGCGAGCUGAGAAUGCUGGUUUGAAUUCGGAGCAGAAGGGCAAAGGCAAAGGUGUCCCUUUGCGGCCCGCCUACCUGGCCCUGAUGAAGGCUUUCGCGUUUCGUUCGAUGGAGAUCCUGCUGCGGGUCUUGGAGUCUUUGGAGGAAGCCGAAGAAUCCAUCGAUCUCAUGGCUCGAUGUGAGCUGAUCGAGCUGUUGGCCAGCAAGAUAUCCAGAAAGGAUGCCCUUGUGUUACUCCAGCGGGUGAAGGACGAAGGGAAACUCUCGGUCUUCCUUUUCAGCCGAACCAUUUCGGCGUGCACCAAGGCGGGCAGGGUGGACGAGGCCAUCUUCUGGUUCGAAGAAAUGCAGCGGGCCGGGAUUGAGCCUGACACAGUGGCCUGGAAUAGCAUCAUCAAUGCGUGUGCCAGGGCUGGUCGAGCAGCCGAAGCUGAAAUGUGGUUAGGUAAGAUGGAAGCAUCUGGUACCACGCCAGAUGUGGUUUCCUACAACAUCGUCAUCAACCUUUGUGCUCACACUGACCGUCCUCAAGAGGCACAGAAUUGGCUGAAACAGAUGCAGGAGGCUGGCAUUCACCCAGACGAAGUCACCUAUGCCACUGUGAUCAGUGCUUUGACAAAGGCCAAUAUGGUAGAUGAAGCCAUCGAUAUGUUGGUGACCAUGGAGGAAGUGGGACUGCCACGAAAUCAAGCUGCAUACGCCCGCGUGGUCACGGGCUUGGGUCGCGCCGGCCGAGCACGAGAAGCAGCUGCAUGGCUCUUCCAGAUGGAAGAGGCUGGGUUGAAACCGAUCGCUCCAGUCUACAAUUGGGUGAUUGCAGCUUGCAAAAAGCCACCGAAUCCAGAUUUGGCAGAGAGAGUCGCCCGCCGCUUGCUGGGCACCCAGCAGAUGCCCAACGAAUUCUGCGUGAGCACCCUGCGGCAGAUCCUGGGGCCAGAGCGCUUCUCGGCCCUUCAGGCAGAGAUUCCACUACUGCAUCGUGCUGUGGCAGAGGUGGAACAGGAGAGACGCAGGCAGCAAGGACGAAGAGAGGAAGGUUCUCCCGAGCGCAGAGCCCCGCAGAGGCGCAAGGGGAAAGGAAAGGGACGCGGUCCAGACAAAGUCAAUAUUAUUCCACCGUGA